AUGACGACGGAGGCGACAGUACCAGCGAAGCUGCACACGAGGACGGAUCGAAAGGAGAUCAAUGGGGUUCUCACGGAUCUUGCCGUCUCGAUCUUCGCUGACCGCGUGUUUAUCGCUGUGACUCAGCUCGGAACCUUCGGCACACUCGUCGAGGCUCGACAGAAAGAAUCGAUCAGUGGCAAACUCCAGCCAGACAUUCAUGUUCGUCUUGGACGGCGGGACGAUCCGUUAUUGUUGGUGUACGCGCGUCAGUUCUUGGAGCAUUUUGGUGUUCCUGUCGGCCUGCCGGUGCUAGCAGCCCUUGGUCUGAAGGACCGGUCGUCGACUACGUUUGAAGCUGUUUUGCAGAGUAUGAAGGAGCUUUUUGCUCAGUCUCAAGGUGCAGAGGAUGACUGUAGUGCGUAG